AUGAGUUUUYUCUCUGCUGCUUGUAAAUGGACGACCCACCACACAAUAUGGCGGCGUCUCGGUUCUUGGACCAAAGUUCCAUCAAUAUGGCCGCAAAACUUCCACACCUCACAGAGACGUUCCUCCGGAGAAGAUGUAGACGUAGACGCCACCUCCAAGUCGGAGACGCCCGAUCAGAACAAUCCGAAUGACCUGACCCGUGGAAAAAAGAAAAGGUGGUCAGCUGCCGAUGAAGGACUUCUCUUGCAACUACACCGUGAAGGACGCUCGGCGCUGGAAAUGAGCGCAGUAUUACGCAAGAGUAAAUACUCCAUCAAGGGUAAGCGGAAGAGGCUCAUCUACGAUACGAACUUGGAUGAAAAGCUCCGCAACGCCCAAAAAGAAGGCCUUAGCUGGCAACAACUACAGGAAGACAUGCCCCUACAUACAAUCGGUCAUCUUCGAGCACGCCAUGCAACUCUAAACAGGGCAACUCCCGCUGCCUUUACGCUUCAGGAAGAUGAGCAAAUCAGAGACCUUACCGCGCAGCCCAUCACUUACAAGCAAAUGGCAGAGAUGAUGGGGGGUAAGCGCAGUCCGAUGAGCAUCGCAAGGCGAUUUCGGAUGCUCGUGCAGAGGGGUCUCGCUGCGAACAGCAAGCAUUGGUCGGGACAUAUCUGGAGCGAAAGUGAGGAACAAGAACUUCGAAGCUUGAUUGACAUGGGGAAGUCGAGAACGGAAAUGAGCCAAAUCAUGGAAAAGUCGAUGGGAAGUAUAAACGGCAAGAUUUAUAGACUAUCUUGUAGUUCGAGCUCUAGUCGAAAUGGGAGGAAGUGGACCAGGGACGAUUAUGAAUUGUUAAAGUCGCUUUUGGCGGAAGGGAAAACGCAUCGUGAGAUUGGGAAGAAGAUGGGCAGAACGCUAGACUCUAUCCGCCAGGCAUUAAGGCGAUCGAAAGGGCUAGAAGAGAGCGUAGGCGGCGAAAAGUGA